AUGGGAAGUCAAUGCUGUAAAAAUAAUAACAUUCGUUGUUAAGGUAUAGUAAUUAAGAUUGUUCAUAGAAGAAGUAAUUUUAUAAAAUGAACAAACUGCGAAUGCUUCUCCAAAUCCUUUAUAAAAGGUCUCACUUUCUUAAUAAGGCAGUAAAAAAAGUUAAAUAGAGGAGGAUUAACAAAUGAAUGUGGCUUAAUAGCCAGGUUAUUGUUUAGAGAGUGAAAAUAACUAGGAUGCUGAAUAAUAGGAGGAGAUGCCAAAAAAAGAGAUUGAACUCAUUAAAAAGGAAGAAUCUGCCCCAGUAACGAAAAUUGACAGUAGUGAUGCGUCUCACAUAAUUACAGGUAAAGAGGAAAUAAAAAAAAAAAAUGACCCUUAAGUACCAGGAGUAAGGAUAAAACUAGGACAUGAUAUUUUUGUGAAACUCAAGGAAGGAUCAAUUGGGAGUCAUUAUAAUUUUGGUAAAGUGUUGGGACAAGGGGCAUUUGGCAAGGUUUGGAAGGUAACCCAUAAAACUACUGGAUUAGUAAGAGCCAUUAAGUAAUUAAAAAAAAGCUCAUUAAUUAAAGAAGAUGAAUAACGAAUGUUUUCAGAAAUGAACAUAUUAAAGAAUCUUGACCAUCCUCAUAUAGUAAAAUUAUUUGAACUUUAUCAAGAUGAAAAUAAUUAUUAUUUGGUUACUGAGUACAAUUUUAUAUAUUCGUUAGGUAUCUAUCAGGAGGUGAACUGUUUGAUAGAAUCAAAAAAAUGUCAUCCUUUAGUGAAAACAUAGCAGCUGAUUACAUACGAUAAAUAUUACUAGCCACUAUGCAUUGUCAUCAACAGAACAUAGUGCAUCGAGACUUGAAACCUGAGAAUGUCAUCUUCAUCAAUGAAGAUCCUAAUUCCUAAUUAAAAGUCAUUGAUUUUGGAACUUCCAGAAAAUUUGACAAUACAAAAGCAAUGAGUAAAAGAUUAGGAACAGUAAUUUUUCCCCUUCUAUUCAAAGCCCUAUUACAUUGCUCCUGAAGUCUUGAAUCAUCAAUACAAUGAGAAAUGUGACAUUUGGUCUUGUGGAAUCAUUUUAUAUAUUCUAUUGUGUGGUUAUCCUCCAUUUUCAGGCAAGAGUGAAAAUCAAAUAUUGGAAAGAGUCAAAGCAGGAAAGUUUAAUUUUGAUCGUAUUUCCUCAUUAAAUAUCAUUUAGCUGAGGAUUGGGAUUAAAUUUCUAAGGAAGCCAAAGAAUUCAUCACAAAAUUGUUAAGAAUGGAUCCAAACAAAAGAUUAUCAGCAAAAUAAGCUUUAGAAGAUCCUUGGUUAGUUAAAUAUGCUCCCUCAUCCUAAGUCAAUAAAAGAGUUCUUGAUAACAUCAGACAAUUUAGGGUAUUUUUUGAUAUCAAUUUAAUUUCAAGGCUUAAACUAUCUUAAAAUAAGCCUUAAUGUCAUACAUGAUAACCUAGAUGUCAACUUAGAAGGAAAUAUCUGAAUUACAAAAUGAAUUCAAAAGACUUGAUAUUAAUAAUGAUGGGUAUCUUUCUAAAGAAGAACUAAUCAAAGGAUAUCAAUAGUUGAAAUUGGACUAUAAGUAUGCACAAGAGGAGGUUGACAGAAUGAUUGAUAUGAUUGACAUCAAUAGAUCUGGAAUGAUAGAUUUUUCAGAAUUUUGCAUGGCUGCUAUAAAUUAAGAAAAAUUAUUAUCGGUCUAACGAGUAGAGUAGGCAUUCAAGAUUUUUGAUUUGGUAAUUGUUUUGUCAAUGGUCAUAGAAUGGAGAUGGGUUUAUUUCUAAAUAAGAAUUAGAAUCUAUAAUGGGGGACCUUGGUGAUGAUGUUUGGAGCUAAAUUCUUUCAGAUUGUGAUGGUAAUAACGAUGGAAAAAUCUCAUUUGAAGAAUUCGUAAGAAUGUUAAAGAACAAAAAACUUUGA